CACAUUAUUUCCCCACAGGCUCUUUCUGUUUGUCGACAUGUGCUUAGUAUCUAACUGUAUUAUCUCUGCCCAGCGCAGGAGUACAUAUGAGUGGAUGUACGCCACACCUGCAGUGUUGCCUUAUGGGUUUCACGUCAGCGUCAUCACAUACCUUAGCUUGAACAUCACCUGGCUCUUUCUGUAUGACAGAGAAAUGCUGCUCCCAGUGCUCAUAACCUCAGCUCUAAUGACACUAACUGAUUACAUGAUGCUAUUUUUCUCCUGCCAUGGGCUAAAGAUUUACGGUGCCUGGUUGAGCAAACAUCGCAACGUGGAUCUCUGGAUGUUCAGGAUAUUGGUGCAAAAUGGAGUGGCAGUGUAUGCCACUUGGGGGACGCUCUCCACUUUGCUGAACCUGACAAUCUACUUGCAGCAUCAGACGGAAGCAUCUCGAUAUCACUGCACAAUGGUGUCACUGCUGCUGCUCUUGAUGGAGCUGUUAGUGUGGUUUCUGUUGGAGAACUUCUAUCUUGACAAGCACAUGCGCUAUACCGUGGCCAUCUACCCUGUAGUUAUCCUGUGGCUGACAGGCAUCCUGGACAACAAUGCAUCUCCUGCUACCAAUUUGUACAUCCUUGAAGUUUUGAUCCUGGUGAUUGCCUGUGUCCUGCUUGUGGUUCGCAUCAUCCUGGUGGCGUGGCGGCAUCACAACCAACCGCUUUACACGGACAAUGAACUCAGUUUGACUCCGGUGGAAAUUUCGUUGUCACAACCCAAUCACAACCUUUUCCUAUGAAUACUUUCCUGUGAUGUUGGUAAAAUAUUACAUGUACAUAGAAAGAAGGAUUUUCACAUCGUGAAUGCUUAGGAUGGCAUUCCACUUUCUUAAGAAAACUUGAGACAACAUUCAUACCUCAGACUGCUGGAGAAAGACACCAUGUCUCCCUGCAAAACUGAAAGAAUAAGCAGAUUUGGACAAUGACAUUUUUUUUUUUUUUGUUCAUGGAACAUAAUAUAUUCAUAUUC